CUGUGUGGGGAUAAAGAAGCUCCAGGAGAUGUUUUUUCCCUUGGUGCCCUAAACCACUCUCUGCUCCAGGAUGGAAGGUUUUCCAGCCCUGCUGCUCUUGCUGGCACUACCAGGUUCUUCAGAAUUCGUGAGCCUGUUUGCAAAAGAAAAGGGAACUCCUCUCCCUCAUCACUCCCUUUCUGUGCAAGACAACACCAGGAAACUCCAAUGCUGUAUUUGGUGCAAAAUGGUGUCCCAAAUUCAAGGUAACUCUGAUCAAAGUCUCCUUAAAGCAGGAGGGACUGGAAUGAUGAAUGAGUUCUCAUGGAAAAUGAUUAGAGUGCAGCUGAGAAAGCUCCAACUUAAUGACUCAGGAGAAUAUCAACUCGAGACCUAUUUCCAGGGGAGAAACAAACCACGGAAUAGCACCAAGCUGGAAGUUUUGGAGGAAUAUAGGUCUUUGGGUACAGAUUCUGACCCCAUUACAUUUGCCACUGAGAAGGGGGACAUUGCCACAGAUGACACCAAUAAGGAGCAGAGCAGUCUCCAUGCCCUCGUGGUGCUGAGCUCCUUCCUGCCCACCACUGCUCUGGUUGCUGCUGUUCUCUUCCUCCUCACCACCUACAUCAGAACGAAAAGAGCAGGAAAAGGGAUGGACACUGGCAAACAUCCUGCUUUCAGACAGAGAGCACUGCAGCUCAGAGGACACAAGGGGAGCGGGAUGGCAGAAGGGGAACUGAGCAGGAGCACGGUCUAUGCUGUGAUCAGGCCCCAGCAGCAGCCCAGGCCCGAGGAUGUUCUGUAUGCCAACGUACAGCCUGCUCCCAAGCUUUUCUUCCACCUGCAGGAACCGCCGGGAAGUUCAGCCUCCUCGGGGCCUGUGGAGUACGCGACUGUUCUCUUCAGAACCACAGCUCCACAUCCUGACACUGCAACAGAGGAAAACAGCUUCACCUAAAGAGAGCAGCACAAAGUCUUGGGCUUGUUCACUGAAUUUUUCAGAACUGCACUUAAAAUAACCUGUUUGUACCCAGCUGCUGAAGGUGGGCGAUGGGGUGGGGGGCAGAAGCAACUGAAAGGACACACGUGGGUGCACAAACCUUCCCUGGAAAACAACUGCACUUUCCUAACAGCACAGCAUCACCCCCAGCUCCUGGUGGGCAAAUCCAGAAGAAAGCUGUGGUAUGUUUGCUUUUCCAAAUUGCUGGUUUUAAAUGACGUAGAACUGUAAACCCAAAUACAGGAAACUGGUUCUGUCUGGCAGCAGCUGAUACAGCACCACAGCCAACGAGGGGCUGUGAGAUACGAGAGAUGCUUCCUUUGGACUUUCUUCGACAGCUCACUUGAAUACUCACAGAUAAAGCAUUAAUUACUGCCCACUCUGAUAAGAUCCAAGUCAGCAAAGUGGUAAAAAUCUGCUUUAUUUGAAACACACGAGGUGUUUCCUGGGCUUCAGGGAGACAGGCAAUGCACUUGACAUGUUUUAGUAAACAAGGGUCUUGUUGGAAAAUAUUUGUUUACUUUACAAUAUAAACUGUCAUCAGCUUGAACAUGCAGGGGUGAAAUUUACAUUCAAAAUUAUUGAUUUGUUUUACAAAGAAAUAACUUUGUAUUUCCCUGUUUGUUGUUCAUUAACACACACCAAUACUCCAGGAUAAACCUAGCUUGACUUUACUAUAAACUGUUGAUCAAACUACAGAACCCUGAUAUCACAGCAAUAUGAUCACACAUCCCUCAGGGAUUAUGGAUAAAUCCCCAAAUUCAUCUUAAUUCUGCAAGCUGGAGCUGAGGAUGCUGAAUAGAACACAAAAAUAGGUUUAAAUUUUUGAUACUAAGAUUGCAAGAAAACUCCAGUCUGGGCACUGGGUGGCAAAGGAGGGAAGGAAGGGGAAAAAGCAGGGAAUACACCUAUGGACUGUAUAAACUCUUUGAGUUAUAUAUCUGCCUGUGAGUGCUUGUGAGAUUCUAAGUGAGACAGAAGUAAAUUCUGUUGACUGCUCUGAUGUGGCUAAAAAAUAUCAGGCUUUUUAUCAUUAUAUCUGAGAUGGUUUUGUUAUUCUAUUGCAAAUUUUAUGAAAGCAAAGCUAGAAAAUUACAUCAUAAUAGUUAAAGAAACCUAUUUCUGGCUUCCCAAACAGCCUUGCAUGAUUGUUCUCUUCCUGUCCCAGCUUCCCAUUCUCUGUUCUUACGUACUGUUAUUUCCUUUUUUGUUUUUUUUUUCAUGAUCAUCACUGUAUUGACCAAUUCUGGAAAGAACUAAUGACACUCACCCUUGUGCUUUGGCGCAUUUUUGAGAUGGCAGAAGCGUUGGUGUGGGGUCGAUACCAUUAAAUAUUUCCAACACCGUA